AUGAGGACAGCGCUCCUUUGGGGACGUCAGUGUUCCCGACAAAGUUUCCCAAGACUCACAUCCCGCGCAUUAAAUCGCCCAUAUGUAAACACUGCUUCUAUUCGCAGCCGAUUCGCAACUCCGAAAUUCAAAGGCAAAACAAUACUAUGGUCUGGCGCAGCGACCGGGGCUGCGGGUGGCACAUUACUGAGUUCUCUUUCGUUCGUAGAGGUAGCCAGUAGCAAAGCUGGCAAUGGAGAGCAGACGCACGAAGAAGCAAUGCUCGAGGCAUCGAGGAAGGAGUUGGAUGAGCAAGUGCCACAUGCGCUGAGGAACUCUGCGAAAUACAGGCGGGGCAUAUACUUUUUUUUCGAGGACUACAUAAUCGAGCCCAUCGCCACUGGCUUCCGCUUCUUGCAUUUGGUCAUUAUCUUUGUUCCGGUCAUAGUGACUAUACCUGCGCUAUGGCUUGGCUCAAGGCAGCCAGAUAGAGAUAACGAGCGAAGUGGGACUUUAUGGUGGUACGGCUUCUUAGUAGGGUCUAUGGAGAGGGCAGGAGCUGCCUUUAUUAAGCUAGGACAAUGGGCGGCUUCGCGAACGGAUGUUUUCCCGACCGAGAUGUGUCUGAUCAUGUCAACACUCCACUCUAACGCACCGGCACAUUCUUUAGAAGUAACGAAACGUACAAUUGAGGAGGCCUUUGACGGGAAAAAAUUCGAAGAUAUUUUCGAAGAGUUUGACGAGAAGCCGCUUGGCGUAGGUGCGAUUGCCCAGGUUUACAAAGCGAGGUUAAAGCCGCAUCUUGCGACGCUAAAGGAAAAUGCAAGUGACCACGAGGAGCCCAACUUGGCGCGCAGAAUCAAGAAGAAUGUCGAUGUAACGCUGAAGAGUACGCCAUCUAGAGUACCAUCAGACCAUGUCGCUAUCAAGGUUCUGCACCCCAAGAUCGAGAAGAUUGUGCGGAGAGAUUUGCGAAUAAUGGGAUUCUUUGCGGCCCUCAUCAACGCCAUACCUACAAUGGAGUGGUUCUCAUUUCCGGACGAAGUACAGCAGUUCGGCGAAAUGAUGAGGCUACAACUGGACCUGCGAAUUGAGGCUGCGAACCUUACACUUUUCCGGAAAAAUUUCAAAGACCGAACGACGGCUUGGUUUCCUUACCCCUAUACGGAUUACACUACGCGCAAUGUACUCAUCGAAGAGUUUGCCCAGGGAAUCCCUCUGGAGGACUUCUUGCAGAAUGGAGGUGGUGUCUUUCAGAAGGAUAUCGCAGAUGAAGGAUUGGAUGCUUUCCUGAACAUGGUUCUCAUUGAUAACUUCAUCCACGCAGAUUUGCAUCCAGGGAACAUCAUGGUUCGAUUCUACAAACCUGAGCAGCUCGACGUUUCGUUUUUUGCCAGGAAAGAAGACCAGAAAACUGGUCCUAAGGAAUCCCCCGAUGUCACCGAAGAAGUGCUGGAGCGUUUAAGACCACACAAGAAGAACCCCAAGCAAUGGCAGGCGACGUUGGAGCAGAUUGAUAGUGAGGGCUAUCGACCUCAACUCAUCUUUAUCGAUACCGGGCUAGUGACGGAACUGAAUGCAAAGAACCGCACUAACUUCCUUGAUCUCUUCAAGGCUGUUGCAGAGUUCGAUGGUUAUAAGGCAGGCCAUUUGAUGGUAGAGAGAUGCAGGCAACCACAGGCCGUCCUGGACCGUGAGGUGUUUGCUUUACGUAUGCAACACUUGGUAUUGGGAGUUAAGAGUCGUACUUUUGCCCUCGGCAACAUCAAGAUUGGAGACAUCUUGAACGAAGUCCUAUCGAUGGUCCGGACGCAUCACGUUCGCCUUGAAGGCGACUUUGUGAAUGUUGUCCUCAGCAUUCUUCUUCUAGAGGGUAUUGGAAGGAGCUUGAACCCAAACCUGGAUCUGUUCGCAGGGGCACUUCCCAUUUUACGGCAGCUGGGUGCGCAAAGCGGCUCGUCUAUGAUCCGUGGAGGCGACUUUUCUAUGCUCAAGGUCUGGGUUGGUCUUGAGGCGCGGAGCUUCUUACAAGCUUCAAUUGAUACGGUGGAGCGAUAUGUCAAAUCCGAUCAACUCUCGCCGAAUAUAUAA